AUGUUCUUGACGUCAUACAAAUGCAACGAAAAGUCCAUUUGCUUUUGUUUGCUUUUAUUUUCCGUGCUGUUUCAUUGUGCCACAGUAUCCUUCUGUCAAAUAUGCAAGACCCUGUAUCUUCGCCGUUCCGCGUACAUAACCCCAAAAAAUACUGAUAACGGAAAGAAGCCUUUUUACGCCAUGGGCACCCGAAUGUCGUCUUCUUCCACCGAACGGCACGUCAAUGAGCUAGAAAGAGACGAGCAGAACGACGUGGCCGAAAAUGUCGUGACAGACUCAGAAGGCGAAGAUGAGUUUAUUCGCAAGUACGGCGAAAUAGACUUCAAGUACAUCAAGAGACCAAAGCCGGCGGUGUGGUUUAUCCGGCCGCAUGCGUUGAACUACUUUGAAAACGGCGUGCUCUACCGGACCAAGGGAGAACGGACGUCGGGAAAGACAGAAUUGUUUUUGGACUUGAUGUAUGUGGGCAUCAUCGCCAAUGUUGCAGGCGAGGCGUCGGAGCAUGCGCUGUGGGGGUCCUUUCUUCAGUAUGUGCUCUUCUUCAUUCCCUACUGGACUGUGUGGGCCGACAUCAAGGACUUUACCAACUACUACUACUCCGGAGGGAUCUUUCGCACGAAAACGUACAUCUUAGUGGAUUUUGAUUUAUGCAUCACCCUUGUCUGUCAACCAGCCCACUCGGCAUGUGCUCUAAGGAACAAGGCACGGGCGCGGCCAUUGACCAAUUGUCCCCUACAUCUUGUGCCGGCUUUUCGUUAG